AUGGCCACGAAAUCAAAGUCAAAGCAGGAGGAAGCGUUGCAAUUUCUCGAUGACCUCGACUCGCUCGCACCGUCGCCAGGUGCUCCUGCGACUGCGCAGAGCUCGCAGCCGCCCGGGGGCGAGGGCGAGGCGGAGGUCUACGCCUUCAUCGACGAAAUCACGCAGAAGAGCUCCGAGCCUCGUCUCAACACGGCGCAUAUCGACCGACCGCUUUCUCGUGCAGGCACGCCUACAGUCCGCAAGAGCACAGAGCGAGUCAAACUCGGCGCGCCUGCGCCAUCCCUCCUGCCGUCUGCGCCCAGCCCGCUUCCCGCAAUCCAGAGGACCGAAUCAGGCUCUUCGAGUUCGCGAGUCUCCCUUUCUGCAACCAUAAAGACAGAGCCGCAAUCUCAACCUCAGGUAAACGAGAGUGCCUCCGGCGGCUGGGGCUGGGGCAACGUCUGGUCGAGUGCGAGUGCUGCAAUCCAGCAGGCCAGGACCGUCGUAGAUGAACGCAUCAAGGAGUUGCCCAAGAACGAACAGGCACGUAAAUGGGGCGAGGGUGUCCUUGAGUACGCGCGUUCCGCUCAGCUGGACAAGCUGGGAAAUGACUUCAAGAGGGUUGGGUUGUCAACCCUGACAGAUCUCCUGAACGUAGUUGCCCCACCGAUUUCCGAGCACGAGGUCAUCCAAGUGUGGUUGAGCCAUGACAUGAUUGGCUAUGACGGAGUUGAGACCCUCGUAUACCGAGCUCUUUCUCGUAUCAUGGAGCAAGUCGAAGGCGGGGAUUUGGUAGUCAACCGGGGUGACGAAUCACGCCCAAAGGAAAGCUCAGACUCAAAGAGAGAGCUGAAUGCUGUCGAGGGCCUGGAAGCCGCGAUCAAACUCGCCCAGGCAAAUCUCGAGGAGGCCAUUAAGCGUAACGCCCAGCCAGCACCGACGCAGUCGUCAGCUCAGAACCCUACGACCUAUUCUUAUGUUUAUCUCCGGAUACAACCCUAUCUGACGACCUACUCCCUUUCUCCACCCGCUGAAGUUGACGAUUCUGCGUCAUCGCCAGCGUCGGUUGAUCAGACAUCUCUCCAAUUUCUCCUCUACUUGACCGACCCCACCCAUCAACUCAGCCAUUCCACUACCACUCAGGCAGUGCCCGGAAAGUGGCUGGACCUCUGGGACCAGUACGAAUGGGUGGAGGAUCUGGUGGUCGAGGCCAUCCGAGUGGGUGUGGAGGUUCUCGGACAGGAAUAUAUCGUCUCCCGAAUGGGCUGGGAUAAGAAGGUGACGGAGAUUCCUGAAGACGACGUAGAGAUAGUAGAGCCCGAGAAAGCAGCGUCUUGA